CAUGGCGUCAAAAUGAUACGAUUUUAAUAUUUUAUUAGGAAUAAUUACUGUUUUGUGUUCGUUUUUUUUAGUUUCGAAAAGAAAAUGGCUUUGUAUGAAAAGGUGAUGCGAGGAGACAUCUCCAACUUUGCUAUUCAAAUGAAAAAGAUGGUGAACAGUAAAGAAAAUAGUGAUAUAAAGUUUAUGAUUGGACCAAAUAAACAGCCAAUGUAUGCACAUCGAUGUAUCUUAGCUUCCCGAUGUGCCGUGUUUAAAGCUAUGUUUUCUGAACAAGUUGGAAAUAAUAAACAUAAGGAUAAAGAUGUUCCACUAGUCCUCACUGAAACAUCACCUGAAGUCUUUCUAGCCAUGUUGGAAUUCAUUUAUACCAACUGUGUUUCUAUGACCUCCAAAAUUGGAUUAGAUGUUUUAGAGACUUCAAUAGAAUAUGGUCUUGAUGAAUUGCAAAAGUUGACUACAGAUUAUUUAAUAGAAAUAUUAAAUACAAGUAAUGCCUGUGAUAUUAUACAAGCUGCUGUUAAAUUUAGUAAUAAUGACUUAAGAGAUGAAAGUGUACAGUUUAUUGCUGCUCAUACUAUGGACGUGUUUAAAUCAAAAGGUUUUCAAGAGUUGUCUCCUGAUUGUUUAGCAACUGUUUUAACCAGUGAUCAGUUGUGUAUAGAUGAGUUAGAUUUAUAUAAAGCUGUUAAAGAAUGGGCUAACGUCAAUUCAACUAUAGAAGGGAAAUCUAUAAAGGAGGUUGGAGAAAGUUUUGUACAUAAUCUACGACUUCCAUUACUGACAGACGACGAGCUCUCUAAAUUAGAGGAAGAAAAUAAGACUGAUAAUUUUAUACCUGCUGAAUGUUUUGCAUUUGCCUGGAAAAUCCAUGCAUUGAAGAAAGGGGAAAAGGGUAAUCCAUUGACAACCAAACGAAAAGGCACAAACCAUAGAGACAUUCAUAAAUAUAUAGACAAUUCCAAGUGA